AUGAAUCGUCUUGAUGAAAAUCAACUAGCUAAUGCUCGUCAAUAUCGUUUAAAAGAAAUCCAAAUGUGUUUUGUAUCAAAUCUUCGUGCUCAACAAUGGUAUAAUGGUGAAAACCCGCGGAAUUUGAAUGGUUUUAUAAAUGAUAAGUCUAAUCGAAUAAUAGGUUGGUCAACAAUGAGGCAAUUACGUAUUAAAUUAGAUAGAUGUUCUGAUCAGCGUAUUAUUUCAACAUGUAACAAUGAUUAUAGUUUAUUUAAUGAAGAAAAAUAUGCUUUUCAACCAGGAUGGAUGAAUCAAACAUUAAAAGAAGUACAAUAUAGUUCAUCAAUUUUGAAAGCAUUUCAAUAUAGAACAAGUGAUAAAUUAGAUACUCAUAUUUAUAUAGGUCAACAUGAAACAUAUAGUGGAGGUGGUUAUGUAUAUGAAUUUCGUGGUCAUUUAUCAGAUCUUAAAAGUAAUCUAUCUAAACUUCAUGAAUUAAAAUGGAUUGAUGAUAAAACAAGAGCUAUUUUUAUUCAAUUAACAUUAUAUAAUCCAAAUAUUCAAUUAUUUACUUCAGUUAUUUUUCUUGUUGAAUUUUUAUCAACAGGUUCAAUAUCUUCAACAGCUCGUUUUGAACCAUUGAAUUUUUAUAUAUUUACAUCAGUUUUACAAUUGGUUUGUACAAUAUGUUAUAUGUUCUUUAUUAUUUAUUUUAUAAUAAUCGAAAUUCGAUUAUUAUUUGAAUUAAAAUUAAAAUAUUUUCAUCAAUUUCGAUCAUUUAUUGAAUUAGGUAUAAUUAUUUGUUCAUUAGGUAGGAUUGAAGUUUAUAUUUGGCGUUUUCAAGAAUUUAAACGUAUUAGUCGUUUAUUUAAAGAAACAAAUGGAUAUGAUUAUAUUAAUUUACAAUUAGUAGUUUAUGUAAAUGAUCUUUUAACAUUUUUUCUUGGUUAUUGUUGUUUUUUUGGUACGAUUAAAUUUGUUUAUCUAUUUCGUUUUAAUCAACGUAUAUCAUUGUUUACUGAAACACUUCGAUAUGCUCGAAAAGAACUUAUUUAA